AUGGCGUCUAUUGCAGAGACAGAAGAUGUCUCGCGUCUUAUCGCGCAAUAUUUCGAGUUGGUGGAGCUUAGAAACCUGACUAUACCUUCAUCAACCGUUCUCAAGAAUCCCAUCACGCAAAAUCGCAUCUAUAACGAGAUGUUCAAUGAAGACCUUCUUGCUCCCGUCAUACCGCCAGCUGCGUAUCGACUAAGGCUAUUGAAGAAGCUCAUUGCUGUUAUCGAGAAUGACCAACAAUGGGAUCCUGAGGAGGAUGAAAUCAUCGAGCCUUUAAUGACGGCCAUGACUGAUCUGAUGGCCCAACCGAUCCAAGAGGAUUCCUCCAUAUCAUCAUUAGAUACGGAAGAACCACAGCUUUCUUUCGUCUCUUAUACUGUUCCCCAAGACGCAUACCGAGAGAGAAAGCAAAUUACGACGUUCGAGUCAAGAGGCUUGAUCUACGGAUCUGGUUCAACCGGGUUUCGUACUUGGGAAGCUGCCUUGCAUCUUGGCACAUAUCUUUCUUCGGUUUCCUCUGAUGAACCAUUAUCACCAGCAUCAAUACGAGGCAAGAGGAUUGUAGAACUCGGCGCUGGGACUGGUUUCGUUUCAUUGUUAUGUCAGAAGUUUCUUGGUGCUGAGAGAGUACUUAUGACGGAUGGAAAUGCGAAACUGGUUGAUGUCUUUAAUGGGCCGUGUCUAGAACAGAAUGGUUUCGUCAAAGGCAAAGACGCUAUUGAAGGAAGGCAGUGGCUAUGGGGUGAACCAUUGUCUACUGAUGGAACAGAGGAGCAAUUUGAUUUUGCUUGUGGUGCUGAUUUGACCUACGAUAAAGCCAUCAUACCUCUUCUCGUCGACGCAAUAUCUCGCCUAUUCUCAUCACACGGCGUGAAACAAUUCGUAAUAGCUGCAACAAUCCGAAACGAAGAGACCUUUGGCGCUUUUCUUGACGCGUGUCGAGACAGCCACUUUGUCAUGGAGAAAUCUAGUUUCGAAUCCCAAGCUUUCGAAAAUCAGACCGGAUUUUUCCACUCUACGCAGGUACCCAUAUGGAUAUACAUCAUUUCACCAUCAUCUUGA